AUGAAACGGCCAUUCGAGAUUGGGGAAGGAGUUCGAACUCGUCUCACAGCUACAGAACGGAACAAACUAGGCGGUAAGAAGCUGGCAGAUUUAAAGAGUAAACUAUUCAUAGUAUUAGAGCGCCACGGCAACACUUACAAGCUGCAAGAGGAAACUAACCCUACCGGACGUGUGAAACAAAGGCAUUUUAACGAGCUGGAGCCAGUCCCACAACAAGUCCUGUCAUGGGAAACUGAAGAGUCAGAUGACCAGGCAGACAAUUAUGACGACAACCAACUAAACGACUUCAGGUUGAUUGGCAUCAACAACAAUACGAACAGCGCGAAGCAAUGGAAAUAA